GCACAAAACCGCAGAGUAUUUCUGAAGUUUCUCAAAACCUCGUCUGACACCCAGACAUCAACAGUUGUGCCGCUUCUGAUUCUUUAGUCUAAACUGUAAUCAAAUCAAAAGCAAAAGGCUUCAUCUUUGUUUUUCUUCAAAGAGCGUAGACUUGAGAAUUGAGAUUGCCCUCUUAGACCAGAUUCUGCAAAGGUUGCCUAUAGCAGCAGUGAUAAUUUUUCACGACUCCCAACGACUCGAGGACUUCUGUGCAAAGAUAUAGUUUUAACAUCACUUCAGGGGCAAUUUGAAUCUCUUGAGCUUGAUUCAUAAGACCCAGAGAGCAAGAAGAAGCCGUCCAUUGUUGAUUGCUAUUCUAUCAAACCCAAUAUCAUUUUAUUUUAAAGGAUUACCUGGAAGUCUUAACUUGCAUCGUGUAAUGAAGUUGGAACAUUUCCAUAUAAUCAAGACACCUAAAUAGUCUCUGUUAAGAUUCAGGGUUUGCCUCUUGUUGCCUCUUGUGCAAUUACACUUGUAACAGGAAUGAGCAGAUCACAACAGCCUUCAGCCCUUAAACGGAAGCGCUUGGACUCGCAGUCUGGGUCUUUGACAGAGCAUGAAAGCAAACUCUAUGAUGCCAUCCGCAGCAAGACAGAUAUGGGCAUGUCUGUACAAGACUUGAGGCGUGAAACAGGACUUCAGACCAAUUUAUUUACCAAGGCCAUCAAAACACUUCAAGCCAAACAACUGAUAAAAGAGGUUAAAAAUUUUGAUAACAAGACAAGGAAGCAUUACAUGGCUACAGAGUUUGAGCCCUCAAAGGAGAUAACCGGUGGUGCUUGGUAUGAUAAUGGACAGUUUGAUACUGAUUUUAUAAAGGUCGUAAAAAGAGAGUUGGUGAAGGUCAUUUAUGAUCAGAAGAUUGCUACCUUGGAGGGAAUUUCAAAUGCAAUUAGUAAGAAAAAGUUUUUAACUGUUAACUUAUCCACACAGGAAUUAAAGCAGAUUCUGGAGGCUUUGGUUUUGGACAAUGAGGUCCUGAAGGUGGUGAGCACUGGGAUGGGGGAGUUUGUUGGUAUCAAAGCUGGCAAAGACUGUUAUAAGUGCUGCAAGAGAGGUGUUAGAGGGGAACCGAACUUGGCGUCCAUGGCUUCCAUUCCAUGUGGAGUCUGUCCGCGUAUUAAUCAAUGUACCCCAGAUGGCAUUAUUUCCCCAAUCACUUGUGAAUACUUCAAGAAAUGGUUGGACUUCUGAACUGAUAUGCUCUCAAUGCUUUUGGAGAUAUUUCUUCUAUCGUCUUGGACAUAGUUCUGCAGAAGUGUGCCUCUAGCAUUUCAGUUAUGAAUUUUGAGACAUCAUAAUGUCUUUUUGUAUGAGAAUCUCUUUUUACUUCAACUUCCAAGUCCGGUUGAAAUUUCAAUGAAAGUUAUAAUCUUUAUGAAUCAUCCUUCGUCAAUUUAAUAUCAGCAGAGUCGGUUUAUGCAGAUUCAUCUUGUCACUUUCCUGCUUGAUUUUAAUCCGACUCAAUUUUUGCCUUGCUCCUC